GAAAGUGGGGUUGACUCUUGUUCUUAGGUCCUUGAUCAAAUUUAACAAUGAUCAUAUCAGAGAUUUAGGCAGAGCUAUUUAUUCGACUUGGAUAAACAAGCGUAGCAGAAUAUAGUCCAACGAGAGUGCUCUAGACAUCUUAAGCAACAAAGAGGUAUGGCAGUGUUCAUCUGUCUACUUGGAGGAACUGCAAUUUGAACAUUCUGAAGUUGAGCUCCGAAUUCCAGAGAAUAUAUGAAAGUUGUCCAAGUUGAAGACUUUGAUCCUCAGAGCCUGUGAGAUUUUUCUCAUGGGAGAGAGUGUUCUCCCUUCAUCUCUCAAUAGACGGGUUUAGCAUCAAUGGCAGAGCUAUUGACGUGAUUACUGCAGAUCGAUGACGAAGUUAGGCAAUAUCUGAGUUCUCAGAAACUUGAAGGACAUGCAGAUAUUGAGAUGCCAACCGGUUGAUUCAGGUUACAGAACUUCAGUUCUCAACCAUGCUUUCCCCGCUACGGCUCCUGUAAUGAUUCUUGUAUGUCAUAAAGGUUUAGUUUGGGGUGUGUUUUGUAAUUGUGCAGUUAUGCUGUCGUGAAAAAGAGAAUCGAAUCAGUAAAUUACAGAUAUUUUCCCCAAUUCUUUCUCAAUCUCUCGUCUUCCCCCUCUUCCUCCCCUCUUCUUUUCAAUUCCUCCAUUUCUCCUAUCAAUUUCCCUCUUUGCCUCUGUGCUUCUUGGCUCCGAAGCAUUCAGUUCGUCUCCAUGAUUGGAGAGAAAAGUUAAGAAGGUAAAAUCCGUUUAUUCUGCUCUCCUGCGAAUUGUGUUUGUUUCCCUUUCUUUGCUUCCCAACAUCUCGAACCCGCUCCAUUUUCUCGUUUCUAGGGCUAUUAGAGAUGAUAAUGGUGAAAUCUAGCUCCAAAGACUUUUACCUGGAAUUUUUUUCUCGAGCAAUUACCUUGUAUGAUGGUUGUGGAACGUAACAUUUACUUCUGGGUUGGGAAUUCGCAUUCAGAAGUUUUUGGGGCUGGGUUACGCUCAAUCGGUGGGAAACCACCUUCCCCGCUGCGAAGGUGCCAAUUCCGCGAAUGUUCCAUGAUUUGAAUGGUGGAUAAAGCCUUGUUCUUUUUCGUUUACCAUAUCAGUUUUGUUCAGUAUGGGGGUUUAUCCUUAGGUUAUGCGUUGGUAUGUGGGGAUAUAAAAUGAAGAAAAGAUGGGUUGCUGGAUUAGCACGAUGCUUCAUCCUUCGAUUCUUCAUUCCAUCCCAUGUUCCUACUGUUUCCGCACUUGAUUUUCUGGGUAGUUUGAAACUUGCUUAUGCAGCUCAUUGCACUGUAAAAAGAAGCAACUUUGAUCGUUCUCUAGGGUAUACCAUAAAUUUGAUUCGUGGGUCUCCACAAUCUAUUGCAAUGGAUGAAAGCAACGCACUUAACUAACUGAUUUGCUCAUCUAAAAUAUUUGGGUCAUCUGACUUGGUUUUCUCCUUGUGUUCAUUUGACUGUUGCAGAAAAUUCUACGUUUUUUCUGGGGUAAUUUUCGAGAAAUGGCUUCUAUUGCUAGAGCUUCACCGCCAUCAUCAAUCAUUAAUGUUCAUCGUAGGGCUUUGAAGUUGUUGAAACCUCCAUCUACAUGCCAAGUCGGCAGCUUCCCCAGAUAUCGUCUAUCAAAUCGUUCCGGUAUUCGCUGCACAAAAUCAACCCCAUGGGAACCUUCACCGCCUGUUACAUAUGCUCUUGGGGCUGGAGAUGAGAGCAAUGAUUUCUUGAAUAAACCUGCCAAUUUGUUCGAAACGCUGAGUUCUGAUGGAACAGCUGAAGAACCAUCUACCAAGAGUGAAGAACAGCUCGCACAGACAAAGACACAGCAGGAGGGCCCUAAAUUCCAGUUCCUGAAAUGGCCGCUGUGGUUUCUAGGCCCUGCUCUUCUUCUUGUCACCGGAAUGGUGCCAACUCUAUGGCUUCCACUAUCCUCAGUUUUCCUUGGACCCAACAUAGCGAGCUUGCUCGCUUUAAUUGGACUGGACAGCAUCUACAACCUUGGAGUCACACUGUAUCUUCUCAUGGCCGAUUCUUGUGCUCGGUCUGGAAUCCUGCCACAGGCAUGCAACAGCCAGCCACCGUUGGCUUACAAGUUCUGGAACAUGGUCUCCGCCGUAGCUGGAUUCGCUAUACCACUGGUGAUGUUGGGUUGGUCGCAGAAGGGUUUGCUUCAACCACAGCUGCCUGUAUUCUCCUUUGCCAUUCUAAUGGGGCCUUACCUCCUGCUUCUGUCUGUGCAAUUCCUGACCGAGUUGCUCACUUGGAACUGGCAGUCACCGGUCUGGCUGGUGACCCCGGUUGUGUACGAGACUUAUCGGGUGUUGCAGUUGAUGAGGGGUUUGAAGCUUGCGACCGAACUCAAUUCGCCCGUGUGGAUGUUGGACACGAUUAGGUGGUUGGUGUCUUGUUGGAUACUGAUUCUGGGUAUUCAGCUGAUGAGUGUGGCCUGGUUUGCUGGUUAUUCUGCUCGAACGACUCAGCAGCAGAAGCAAUAGUCGUCUUCUGCUGACCCUGGCAGUGGCUAGUGAUCAGCUACAACAAUGACAGAGGUUCGCUGUUGUGGGAUUGUGAUUAAUGGCUGAAAGUUACAUCUGUACCGGAUAUCAGGAUGCAAAGAUUUUGCUUCCAGAAUGCAGAUUAUUAUUAGCUUAGUUGUUGGUUGAAAGAAUCAAGUUAAACCGAAUAGCAUAGAAUUGUAUUAGAGCAUUUAUAUCUUUCCAUGUACAUAUCGAAACACUUGCUCUAGCAUUAGAAACUCCACGUUACGCUAUCUCAGCUCCUCACAGUUCUAUCUCUGAAUUCGUUCUUACCGCAGCUGUAGUUUAAGCAUCAAGUGCUAAUGGACGAGUAUGCAAGAUCACAAAUUCGCUGUGAAAACGAGCAUUUCUACUAUGCUAUAUAGCAUUGGUGCUUUAAUAUACAACUUAAAGUUGU